AUGGAUGACACCGUCGAGACUUCCCUCUCUGACGUCUCUGCGGCACCCUCGAUCGACUCCCACGAGGGGAUGAGUCUGCCGCGGGCCGUCCGAAUCGCUUCGUCUGGAUCCUAUGAUAGUCUCCAGCGACACCGACGACGAAAUCCACGAGCACGGCGUCCGGUGAAGGAAACACUGGACGCCCGCUCCGAGUAUACUACAAGCCAAGAUGAUGGCACGGCAGAGCACCGCAUCAACCAGUACAUAAUCAAACAAGAGAUCGGACGGGGGUCAUUCGGCGCCGUGCAUCUGGCUGCUGAUCAGUUUGGCCAUGAAUAUGCAGUGAAAGAGUUUUCCAAGUCACGUCUCAGGAAACGCGCGCAAUCACACCUAUUACGACGACCGCGAGGCCCUCGCCGAACCGACACAGAAUUCAAUUCGCCGCUCCAUCGCCAUCCAUCACAAGAUGAUAGUGAGAACGCGAAGAACCCGCUAUACCUGAUCAAGGAAGAGAUUGCGAUCAUGAAGAAGCUGAAUCACAGCAAUCUGGUCUCACUCAUUGAAGUGCUGGAUGACCCGACAGAAGAUUCCUUGUAUAUGGUCAUGGAAAUGUGCAAGAAGGGGGUAGUCAUGAAGGUCGGCUUGGAAGAACGGGCCGAUCCCUAUGAUGACGAGCAUUGCCGCUGCUGGUUCCGUGAUCUGAUUCUGGGCAUUGAAUAUCUUCAUGCACAAGGUAUUGUUCAUCGCGACAUCAAGCCAGACAAUUGUCUCGUGAACAGUGACGAUGUGCUCAAGGUGGUCGACUUUGGCGUUUCGGAGAUGUUUGAAAAGGACUCGGACAUGUUCACUGCCAAGUCGGCCGGAUCACCAGCGUUUCUCCCUCCCGAGCUCUGUGUGGCGAAGCACGGCGACGUGUCCGGCACGGCAGCUGAUAUCUGGUCCAUGGGAGUCACGCUAUACUGCCUCAGAUACGGGAAGCUUCCGUUUGAACAGCAGAGCAUUUUUGAGUUAUAUGAGAGCAUUCGAAACGACACUGUGGAUUUUGAGGAUGAACAGGAUGAGAUUUUCAUGGACAUGAUGAGCCGGAUCCUGGAAAAGGACCCCGCGAAGCGCAUUAACAUGCGCGAGUUACGAGAACAUCCUUGGGUGACCGCCAGCGGCGCCGAGCCUCUUCUCCCUUAUAAGGAGAACACCGCACAAAUCAUCGAACCCCCCCACUGA